AUGAUAACACGAAUAAUAUUGUUGGGCAGUGCUGUGCUAUUGGCUUAUGGUAUUCAUCGUUUUUGGGCUUUACUACCUAUAACUAGUGGAUAUGGAUCUAAAUACAUUUGUUCAGCCGUAUUUAUAGGCGAUCAUAAUGAAGAACAACGUAAAGAAGAUCUUGAUUUUCCUUCUAUGAAAUAUGUAACGUAUAAUAUAAAUUAUACUGAUUCCUCGGUAAGUAGUUCUGUAUUUGGAUUUGCUCAAACAAAAGCAAUCUGUCGAAAUGGACUUGGUGCAACAUUAAUUAAUGAAUUAACAGAAGAACAAAUUCGUAGUCAAACAUUCAAUUUAGCAAUAUCAUCUGAUAUAAAUCAAGAUGAUAUUCCAUGGCCUAUGGGUAAUAAAAUAGAUGAUCAGAGUAUGCCAUCAAAUAUCAAUCAAUCAAAAUUAGAAAAUGCUAUUAACAAUAUGUUUAUUGAAAAAUAUUCAAAUAAUCUUAUUCGUACACGAGCUAUUGUUGUUUUAUAUGAUGGAAAACUAAUAGCCGAAAA